AAACUUCCUCUCUUUCUACAGAAACCAUUUCAGUUUGCUAAAGGAUGAUUUUUAAUCUGAAUUGAAACCACCCCUUUUGCUUUCUUAGCCAAAUGAUCAAAAUGUUCAGUUAGAACAAGAAUUUAAAAAUCUCGAAAAAGAAGUGCACAGCUGAGGAGAAAACACUCUGAAAUGGAUUCCAAAUAUUUCAUCUUAAUUUUGUUUUGUGGAUACCUGAAAAGUACAGUUUUCUCAGACACAGAGGCAAUUACAAAAGAGAAGCAGCCACGGUCAUAUGUCUCACCAAGUUCUCAGAACACAACAGGGAAUUUUUUGGGACAAACAACACAAUUUGACAAUGUUUCUUCUGAACAGUCAACACCACCUGCCAAAACUGUUGAACAACCAAUAACAACUACCCUAACACCCUUUGGAAAAACAGCAGCAUAUACUUCUGGUGGACAAUCAUUCACCAAACAGCCAAUACCAAAGGCCAACACCUCUUCCCAAAGAACAGUACAACCAGUGUUAACCUCUGCCAGGCAAACACCACCAACUGACUACACUUCCAAACAAGUAUUGUUGUCUGUCUAUUCCUCUUCUAGAAAACCAGCAAUAUCAACUGAUCUUAGUCUAUCCACACAGCUAACAUCAACUGUCAAAGGUUCACCAAGGAGUACACCAGGAUUCAUCCUCAAACCUACUAUCAAAAACACUUCCUCACAAAAAUCAAAUUCUAAUUCAACAGCUGCCAUAUUCAUUGGUAUAAUUCUGACUUUUAUGUUAAUAGCUAUAAUUGUGAUUGUACUAUGGAAAUGCUUGAGAAAACCAGUUUUAAAUGACCAAAACUGGGCAGGAAGGUCUCCAUUUGCUGAUGGUGAAACUCCUGAUAUGUGUUUGGAUAACAUCAGAGAAAAUGAAACAUCCACAAAACAUACAUCAAUUAUUUCUCUUAUGGCCUGGAAACCAAGCAAAAGCGCACUUCUAGCAGAUGACUUAGAAAUUAAAUUGUUUGAAUCAAGUGAAAAUAUUGAAGAUUCCAACAACUCCAAAGCAGAGAAAAUAAAAGAUCAAGCAAAUGGUACAUCAGAGGAUAGUGCAGAUGGAUCAACAAUUGGCACUGCUGUUUCUUCUUCGGAUGAUACAGAUUUGCCUCCACCCCCUCCUUCUCUACUUGAUUUGGAAGGACAGGAGAGUAACCAGGCUGAUGAACCUGCAGUGACAAUAGUUCCUCUCAUAAAUGAUUCUACCAAUCCUUUACCAUCUCCAGACUGUCCCAAUCAAGUCUGUGAAGAUCAUAAUUCUGAGUUCAAACAAUCAUUUCCACCUCCACCUGACUCAUUUAAUUUACCCUCACCACCAGCAGAUAUUAUGAAUAACCAGGAAGACUGCAACAAUGACAUCCAGAGCCACGAGAGCCCUACUCUUCUUGUUCCGGAGCAAGAACUCAAUGAAUUUCUGCCACCACCACCUGAAGAACUGUCAUAAAAAUUAUAACCCACUUUUCAGCUUAUUUUUUUCUUAAAGGAUUCUAUCUUUUCAUUUCCUUCAUAUAAAAAAAUUGUUAAAUGGCAAGUCAUAGGCAAUUUUUUAUUUUUAUUCAAGAACUACCUGAAAACUGCUCAGAGUCCAGGUGCAUAGUGAAACUUUUCUCUAAAUGAUAAAACAGAGAUCUAUUUACUGGUCAUAGUAUCUAAUUUUUUAUGUAUAAAACAUUUUACAUAUGGGGAUGGUAUCUAUGUCAAUAACAACCUUUUUUUAAAUAAUCAAUAUAUAUAUAUAUAUAUAUAUAUAUAUAUAUACACUUAAUAUUAGCCAGUAGUUUUUUUUCCAUAAAGAGCUAUGUAUAAUGUCAAUAACUUCACCUUUUAAAAAUAAUAUAUAUAUAUAUAUAUACACUUAAUAUUAGCCAGUAGAGGUUUUUUUUUUUCCAUAAAGAACUAUGUAUAAUGUUAUCUUGAAUAAAUAAAUUCCAGUUUUCCAUUUGUAAGUUUGUGGGAUAGGGGAAUAAGAAACUCUAUCCAUAUUCCCAUUUUAAACAAGACUCUAACAUUUAAAUUAAUAUAAUAUUAUAUCGGUGUUCUAAGAGUGUUAACUAUGAAACAUUAAAAUGACUGUUAAAGAAUACAGAAAAUUCUUUUUUUUUUUUUUUUUUUGUGGUGAGGGAGGUUUGCUCAGUGUAUUAGAUUUUACAAGUGUAAUAUCCUGGGUUUGAUCUCUAACACUGCAUAUUCCAAAGCAGCGCUCUGGUCUACGUCUCUGUCUCAAGAAUGAACAAAUAAAUCUUUUCAAAAUUUC